GGGAAAAAUCGUUUGCAGACGGGUGGCGUGGAAGAGUUCGUGCAAGCGCUGACUCUGAGCGGAUAGAGCCUGUCUCGUGUACACAAACUACAGAGCGUCGGUCUCUCUGGAUUCGGUGUGAUCUAGACACAUUGUUACAAGUUUAUGUGUAUUAUUUACUCCUUACAACCUAAUGAGAUGAUUACUCUAUUACUCUCAUUUUGUUAAGUGAGGCUGUUAAAUGUUCAUUUAAUAAUUGAACGCAGUGAUAAAGGACAACUCACCUCGCUGUACUAGCUGUUGGGGCUCCUAUGAUGAAUGCAAACUAAAUGGAGACAGAGGAUGCUGCCUUAUUAGCUGUAAGAUGUUUAGCAAAUCCCUGACCUGUACCAACCAGAUGCCAGUAGCACAGCCCCGCAUCCCCACUGCCACCUUGUGACAACUAGAAAUGUCUCUUGGAUAAAAUCAGACUUUGGAAAUAACUGGUUUCAAUGAAGCCAGGAUGUUUGGAGAGACAAUGGAGGAGAGCCACAUAGGAGUUGAGGCUAGGGCUACAGGGUUGCAGGGUUCUUGUCUCAUGGACCUGAAGAAUGAAUCUCACAGACACAAAAGAGUGAAAUGAAGUGAAAGUUUAUUAAGCAAAUCUACUGUCAAUGAUGCUGCUAUGAACAUGGAUGUACAGGUAUCUGUUCAAGACUCUGAUUUCAAUAACUUUGGAUUAUACUGAAAAGUGGAACUGCUAGAUCUAUGACUAAAGGAACAAGAAAAUGUAUGCAUCAGAGGAUGGUUACCCAGGCCGGUAGACCCCAGCUUGAAAAGGCUUUGAGCCAAUCUGCAACCAAACCCCUGACUUCUCAAAAGACAGACCUCGGAGUAACUGGGGACUUGGCCUGCCUUGCCUACCGAGCUUGGGACAGAUCGGAUGGAGAUGAGUUGAUUACAUUCUGUGAAGUAAUAGCUCACUACCAGCCAGGGUUGAAACUACUUUUGCAGCAUCACUUCACCUGUGGACUCUUCUGAAUUUUGCCUUCUUGGGGAAAAAAACUGGGGUAAGAGAAGGUCGUUUUUAACAAGUUAGCUUCCUUCUCCCUGUUUGGCAAGUUGAUGCAACGGAUAAGGCUGUGACUCCACUGGAUUGCACCUUCAAAUCAAAAUAGGAGAAGAGCAAGAAGAAAGGGACAAUGGCUUUGAGUGGAAACUGUAGUCGUUAUUAUCCUCGAGAACAGGGGGCUGCAGUUCCCAACUCCUUCCCUGAGGUCGUGGAGCUGAAUGUCGGGGGUCAAGUUUAUUUCACCCGCCAUUCCACAUUAAUAAGCAUCCCUCAUUCCCUCCUGUGGAAAAUGUUUUCCCCAAAGAGAGACACGGCUAACGAUCUAGCCAAGGACUCCAAAGGAAGGUUUUUCAUUGACAGAGAUGGAUUCUUGUUCCGUUAUAUUCUGGACUAUCUCAGGGAUAGGCAGGUGGUCCUGCCUGAUCACUUUCCAGAAAGGGGAAGACUGAAAAGGGAAGCGGAGUACUUCCAGCUCCCAGACUUGGUCAAACUCCUGACCCCUGAUGAUAUCAAGCAAAGCCCAGACGAAUUUUGCCACAGUGACUUCGAAGAUGCCUCCCAAGGAAGCGAUACGAGAAUCUGCCCUCCUUCCUCAGUGCUCCCUGUGGACCGCAAAUGGGGCUUCAUUACUGUGGGCUACAGGGGGUCCUGCACCAUGGGCAGAGAGGGGCAGGCAGAUGCCAAGUUUCGGAGAGUUCCCCGGAUUUUGGUUUGUGGAAGGAUUUCCUUGGCAAAAGAGGUCUUUGGAGAAACUUUGAAUGAGAGCAGAGACCCUGACCGAGCCCCAGAAAGAUACACCUCCAGAUUUUAUCUCAAAUUCAAGCAUCUGGAAAGGGCUUUUGAUAUGUUAUCAGAGUGUGGAUUCCACAUGGUGGCCUGUAACUCCUCAGUGACAGCAUCUUUUGUCAACCAGUAUACAGAUGACAAGAUCUGGUCAAGCUACACUGAAUAUGUCUUCUACCGUGAGCCUUCGAGGUGGUCACCCUCCCACUGCGACUGCUGCUGCAAGAACGCCACAGGUGACAAAGAAGGGGAGAGCGGCACAUCUUGCAACGACCUCUCCACCUCCAGCUGUGACAGUCAGUCUGAGGCCAGCUCUCCCCAGGAGACGGUCAUCUGCGGGCCCGUGACACGCCAGACCAACAUCCAGACUCUGGACCGUCCCAUCAAGAAGGGACCCGUGCAGCUGAUCCAACAGUCCGAGAUGCGGCGGAAAAGCGAUCUGCUCCGGACUCUGACUUCAGGCUCCAGGGAGUCGAACAUGAGCAGCAAAAAAAAAGCUGUUAAGGAAAAGCUCUCAAUUGAGGAAGAGCUGGAGAAAUGCAUCCAGGAUUUCCUAAAGAUCAAAAUCCCAGAUAGGUUCCCUGAGAGAAAACAUCCUUGGCAAUCUGAACUUUUACGGAAGUAUCAUCUAUAGGGGAGGGCCAGGGGUGGGAGAAGAAAUGAAUCGUGUCACCAUUUGGAAAUAAACCUCCUAACAAAAUUCGUAUUCGAAAAGGAAAGUAACAACUAACAAUAUGUUUGUUAGAACACAGUAGCCCAUUGAUAUACUACUGCCUAUUGACCUAGUUCACCUUAACAUUUAAAUCCACAGGGUAGAUUUCUUUCCAGAUGUGGAAUGAUAAGAAAAUCUCUUUUUGGUUCCUUGUUUGUUUGUGUGUUUACUGGAUACCAUGUGCUGAGUAUCUAUGUAAAAUGAGAGCAGGCUACCGAAGAGUAGCUGAGAGGCUUUGGGAGUCCUUUAUCCCAAACUGGGUUUUUCUCUCAUCUUCUACCUCCCUCCUUUGAAUGAGAAUGUGGUAGAAAGAGAUCUGGCCCAAUGGCAUAUGUUUGGGUUUUUAAAUUUUCCUUUUCCCUUUUGUUUAUGGGGUAAGGGGGGAAAUGGCAGAUUUAUAUGACUUUUCACUCAAAUCUAUUACGUGCCAGUUUAUAUUGAUGCCAUAUGCAUGAGUAUUUGUGCAACACAAGCACAACGAUGUCUGUACAUACACACAGCACACAUGUCCCCAGGGCCUGGAUAUACUAAGGGGAACACCCCUGCUCCCAGCAGCACUCUCUUUGACUACUUUAGACACAGAUGAGCCUCUGCUCCUUUCUUAAAACCCUUCUGGGAAGAUUUCCCAGCCUCUCUUGGCAACACUUUCCAACAUCGAGUAACCCUGGUCGUCAACAAAUUGUCUUCCUUAUUUUGAAAUUAACACCCUCAGGCUCCAUUUUACAGUUUUGCUCUUUCUCUGCACUAGGAGAGGGUGAGAAGAGCUUAGUAAAACAUUCUUUGUAUUAAAGAAACAAACAUUCGUAUCCACAAAAAUUAUGACUCAGUGACCCCACACUCAGCCUUCUCUACCCUGAGCUGAGUUACCUUCCGUGUCUCAAUGUUUUCAGAGUACUUACUGCCCAUGUUUUAAUGGUGUGGCCUUUUCAUGUGACCCACAUUCAGUUCUCUGCAUUCCUGUGUAGUUGUGGAAGUAAGAACAACACACAGUACUUGCUUGGAUAAGGGUCCGGCCUUUUGUUUCCUUAAGAGGGAAUUGUAUUCCACACACCUCCUAAUAAUUUCUCAUGACUUUUUUUUACAACUACAGUGCUACGUUGUUACUUUCUUGUAGCCAAUUUUGUCUGGGAUUUUGGGAUUUGGCUGUCAUUUCCCUGAUGUCUGUGAAAAGCCCAACUAGAUAACUAAAGCUUCAGAAUUAAGGUUUUGGCUUUCUAAACUAUCUUUCUCUAAUACAUCUUUGACCUGUAUAGACACAGCCAAACAGAAACUGUUGAUAGCCAUCUAUCCGUAUGACUGUAUUCUACGUGUACCAAUAGCUCUUUCAUAGGUUUGUGGUAAAUGAAGAUUAAAAACCCGUUUUUAUUUUUAGCAUUCCUCAUGCAUUUCAGUGGGAACUUAAAAAAUAAUUUGUCAAGCAUUAUUUGUGUGCCAAGCACUUUUAAUUUUUUUUAUUGUGUGUGUGUGUAUGUAUAUAUGUGUGACAGGUAAUAAAGGCAACUAGAUAAUGUCUGUAGGAGGGAAUCUAAUAACCAAUUGCUUCCUCUUGAAAUAUUUUGUUGAUGCACAUUUAUUAUGUAGGAGGUUCUCUCUUGGUUCCUGUUAUGAGUGACCAUGAGUACAUGGGUAUCUUCGUGAAUUUGUUUAAUUCUUACCCUCACAUCUGGGCCACAGACUCAGCAGAUGUUUUCUGAUCCUAAGACCCAAAUGGACUUUAAAGGUCUACUUGAGUGAAAAAGAAAGUUCAUUUGGGGAGUUGAGUUGUCAAGAGAAUUAUCAUUUAUGAAUUUAAGUGGUGUUCUUUUAUGGGUUAAUAUAUUAACAGGCAUUUGUUCUUAACUACAGCAUAGUUUUUAAGGCCCUACCAAUAUGUCUUCUUUCCUUUCAAUGUUUCUUAAUACCACAUCAUCCUGUUAAUAGAGGAUACUGCAAGAAUCACAGAAUUUAAUGGCUCAAAAGGAAGUUGAAGAUAGAUAAAAUAUCUUCAAACUUACGUAGGUCAGAUGAUGCUUGUGGCCCUAAUGGAGUCUGGCAUCUGCAUAAAGUGGCCAAGUUCCAAUUUCCUUAAAUUUCAGACCUAACUCUAAUGGUAUUAAGAUAGAGAUACACUAGUAAGAACUAAAGAAGGAGGAAGAUAUCAGACAACCCACUACUUCCACUGCCUGCUUUAAACAGGAAACCGAAUACUACAAAGAUGAUGUUCCUGGCAUACUUUUUCUGUCCCUUGACACCUCAUAAAUUUUUUUCUGCUUAGGUAUUCCUUAUGCCCUCUAGUGAAUAAAACUAGUGGUAGGAAAUCUGAUUGAAACAAUACUAACAUUUUCAAUCUGGACCAUCUCUAGAUGGACACCCACCCAAAUAUCCCAGAUAGCUAAGACAGCAGCUAGGUGUUUAUUUGUGUGGGUGUUGGUAGAGAGAUGAAUAUAGACCUGGUCAGUAAAAAGCUCUCAGGAGGAGUCAGUGGAAACAUUCAGUCCUAGUUUGAGUGAAGUUAUCAAGUAGGGUGUAGGUGGCUUACCACAUUGAAAACCAUUUCUGGGUAAGUGAAGUGAGUUAAAGGAUUAAGUGCUCUAUUAAUCCUGAUUCAUGCCUGUUUCCCUGAGCUUAAAAGUUUUAAGAACUUUUAGUUCGGGAUGCCUGGGUGACUUAGUUGGUUGGACGACUGCCUUCGGC